CCAUACUCGGCUUUCUCCAAAAUCAAACCAAAUCAAUAUCAUAAUGUUGUACUUGGCCGUGUCAUUAGUUUCUCUUCUAUUGUUCUUUAAUAUCCGAGGAGGCUCAGCAGAGCAAUGUGGAAGGCAAGCAGGGGGGGCUUCGUGCCCGGGAGGGCAGUGCUGCAGCAAGUUUGGCUGGUGUGGCACUACACCUGAUUACUGCGGGACCGGUUGCCAAAGCCAAUGUGGCGGUGGUGGUGGCGGGGGCGGUGGUGACAUUGGGGGUCUAGUAUCAAAGGUCACCUUUAAUCAGAUACUUAAGCAUCGGAACGAUGGUGGUUGCCCUGCCAAAGGGUUUUAUACUUAUGAUGCUUUCAUUGCAGCUGCCAAGGCUUUCCCCGCCUUUGCUACAACUGGUGACACUGCCACCCGUAAAAGAGAGAUUGCUGCUUUCUUAGCUCAAACUUCUCAUGAAACUACUGGGGGAUGGGGGACUGCACCUGAUGGACCCUAUGCAUGGGGCUAUUGUUUUAACAAGGAGAAAAAUCCAGGAUCUUACUGUGCCUCGGAUCCAAAUUAUCCAUGUGCUGCUGGUAAGCAGUAUUAUGGCCGUGGUCCUAUUCAACUUUCUUGGAACUACAACUACGGGCAGUGUGGAAAGGCCAUAGGAGCGAACCUGUUGAACGACCCGGACCUUGUUGCCACAGACCCUGUCAUCUCCUUCAAGACAGCAAUCUGGUUCUGGAUGACCCCUCAGUCACCCAAGCCCUCAUGCCAUGAUGUCAUCACCUGGAGAUGGAACCCUUCCGGAGCUGAUCAGUCAGCGGGUAGGUAUUCCGGGUAUGGUACGAUCACAAAUAUCAUCAACGGUGGACUUGAAUGUGGUAAAGGAUGGGAUGGGAGAGUGGCGGACCGCAUUGGGUUUUUCAAGAGGUACUGUGAUUUGCUUGGGAUUGGUUAUGGUGACAACCUUGACUGUUAUAAUCAGAAGCCUUUUGGGUCUGGACUCGGUACCUAUUAUUCAUCCUCAAGAGAGUCGAUCGAUGUAGUAUAAGCUAGUUUGCUAGCUUUCUUCUUUGCGGGUGGCUGUGGUUGUUGUCACUGCACUUGUGACAUUGUUUCAUGUACGAAUAAUUGUUGGUAGUUCACAGAAAUAUGUCAGUUUAAUCCAUCUGAGAGCUACUUUCACUUGUGCACUUUGUCAGCUAAUUAAUAAUAAGUUUAAUCCCUUGAAUGUCUUCAUAUA